UAAAAGUUUUACUUGCAAAUCAUUUUUCGUUUGUAAAAACGCAUUUUCACUUAUUCCUCCAAAAAGCGAAACGAUGGGAGCCUCUAGCUCCAACUCCAGAUCCAAAUUUCCAAAAAAAAAAAUGGCCUCAAAAAAAUUCCUAAAAAAAUCAAACCCAAAUUUCCUCAAAAUGAAAAAUAAAAAAAAAUCCAGAUCCAAAUCGAAAAAUCGAAAGCGAGGAGUCGGAGUCAUCGUCUUCGUCUUCCUCGUGAGGAGGCCGCGCCCACCACCACCUCCACCUCCACCUCGGCCCGCCGCCUUCAAUUUCCCGUGACACACACGGAACUCUGACCACUUCCACUUCCACUCCUACUCCUUCCUCCUCCUACUCCUUGAGAGAGCAGAGAGCAGAGAGCAGGUUGUGAUGGACGACGCCCUCGCGGCCCGCCUAGCCGCGGCCUCCGUCUCCGACCACCCUCCCCCCUCCACCAACGCUGAGCACCUCAUCCACGUCAUGCGCGCCGUCGAGGGCGCCGAGGCCACCAUCCGCAACCAGUUGGAAGAGAACAAUCGCCUCAAGGAGCAACUGUUGCAGAAAACCCGGCAGCUGGAGAGGAUCCGGGAAGAUGCUGCAUCCCAAUCUUCUUCAGCUGGAGUAGCCCAGGACCGCCGUGAAUUCAUUCCUACCAAGGUGGAUGCAUCAAGGUCACCUACCUCUUCAGAAAACUCCCGGACCACCUCUAUGCUUCACCAGAAUGGAGCAUUGGAAACUGGAGAGUCUUCAAUGCAGCAAUCCAUCAGACAAAAGUACCCCGACGGUGCCCAAUCUAAUGGAGCAUCUAAAAGGUCAUCAGGGGAGCAGCCUGCUUUCGACACUGCCGCAAUCUCACACUUCUCUACUCCAUCCUCUCGUUCCAUUUCUCCUACAAGGCAUAGAAAGGAAGGAGAGUAUGAUGCUAGAUCGAACCUAGCUGGACAGGGGUUAUUGCCUGCUCCGGAGACGGCCUCAAACUUGUCAUGGAAGCAGGACCUUACUGCUAAGAUCAAAGAAAAUGAGGAAGAGAUUACACAGUUAAGAAAACAUCUUGCUGACUACUCAGUGAAGCAAUCUCAAAUCCUCAGUGAUAAAUAUAUGUUGGAAAGGCGCAUUGCUCAAAUGCGGAUGGCAUUCGAUCAGCAGCAACAAGAUUUGAUUGAGGCAGCAUCAAAAUCUUUAUCAUAUAGACAAGACAUUAUUGAGGAAAACAUCCGUCUGACAUAUGCAGUGCAGGCUGCGCAACAAGAAAGGACAACUUUCAUAUCUUCGUUGCUGCCUCUUCUGUCUGAAUAUGAAAACCUGCAGCCUUCUGUUCUUGAUGCUCAAUCCAUCGUUAGUAAUUUGAAGGUUUUGUUUAAGCAUUUGCAGGAGCAACUUAUUAUUACUGAGGAGAAAUUAAAGGAGUCACGUUAUCAGGUUACUCCAUGGCAAACUGAUUUAGUGAAUAAUGGCACUCUUCCUGCUACGGAUCCUCUUGGAAAAGCAUUGGUGACUUCAAGCAAAAGCAACCUCGAUAUUGUGCCCCAGACACCGUACCCUCACAUACAAUCUCCAAUGUCUUCCCCUGUUCAAGUUAGAGGUGAUUGGGGUGUAGCAGGGAACAAAAACUGUCAAGUUAUUCCAACUGAUGUUCCUCCAAGAAAUGUAGAUCGUGAUGACAUGGGAAGAAACUCUCUUUCAAGCAGCAACAAGUUCAGGAGGGAUGUUUCUGCUCAAGUAUCUCAGCAUGAUCCACAAUCUGCCCAGUUGGACUUUGAGACCCAGGGUCAAAACCCAGCAUUCAAGCACCUUGGUAGAACUGAUGUAUCAGAUGGUUCUGAGGGUGUUGAAGCCCAACAUGCACGAGAGCCUUCUGCUCAUUGGGGUCAUGGAGACUCAGCUAAUUUGGUAUCUGGCAUUGAGGACACAAACCCUUCAUAUCCCUAUCUUCCUACUGUUCUCGAAGAACCUGGGUCUUCUUUCUCUGAAGCUGCAGAGGAUGAUCCACUGCCAGGCAUAGAGGGGCUUCGAAUCACAGGUGAAGCUUUUCCUGGACGAGAACUCCAAGCAAGUGGGUUCUCCACAAAUGGAACCACAAGUUGUAAUUUUGAGUGGGUGCGCCAUUUAGAAGAUGGCUCCGUAAAUUUCAUAGAAGGAGCAAGGCAACCUAACUAUUUGGUUACUGCCGAUGACGUGGACACUUUACUAGCUAUUGAAGUACAGCCCCUUGAUGAUAGAAAAAGGAAGGGGGAAAUUGUAAGGUUUUACGCUAACGAUCAAAGAAAAAUUACUUGUGAUCCUGAAACAAAGGAGUUUAUCAAGAGAACUCUUGAAAUUGGGCAUAUGUCUUAUGAAGUCCAACUACCUGUGAAGUUUUUAGAUAUGUGGGAACCGGCUGUUUUGGCAAUAAAGAGGGAAGGUUACAGCAUUAAAUGUAAUGGUCAACGAGGCGUGGUUCUCACAGAGAAAUUUCAGCAAGCAACUUCUAUUAAUAUUCCUUACGGGUGUCCAACAGAGUUCCUGAUUACAUCUGCUGAUGGUACUGAAUAUAAUUUAAAGCCAGCAGAAAAUACAAUGUCACGGGAUACUAUUGUUUUGGUUUUAAGAUUGUUCAGAUUUAUGGCGGUUGAGAAGAGGAGAGGAAGGAAAAAGAGCCUUUUCUUCAAGUAGGUUUGGCUCCAAUAACAUGGAGAAUACUUGUUUGUAUUCAUAAUUGAGUGGAAUUUCCUGUAGGAGUGCUGGGUGAUUCAUAUUCUUUCUGCUGUAAAGUUCCAUAGGCGAUUCAAACCCAAGGGCCCCAGACGAUGGGAGUUUUUUCCUUCUUCCUUUUAGAAACUUGAGUAGUGUCAUUGUAAGGGAUGCAAGCGUGCCGCUGGGUAGAAUUGAAGCUAUUCAUACUAAUAAUAGGCAAGGCCAUCAUCAUCAGUUCAUGGGUUAUUUGUUACUUCCAACGAGCUUGAAAUUUUUGAAGAUGGUGCAUUUGUAUAUUAUAUAUGUGCUGUGUAAUUAUAAAUCGAAGUAGAGUAGCUUUAAUUUGGCGAUAGCAGACAUAGUUAAGAUACUUCUGAUGGUAGUAACAUUAAGGAGAAUACUGGCUGAAUGUGAAAGCCUUUUGGCACAAUGGAAGUUGCUCCUACUAAUUGAAAGGUGACAAGUGGAACCUACACGCAUGCGGUAUCGCGUACGGCUGCAAACAAUAUCGGCGUCAGUAAGCCGCAUCUGUUCGUGAAUUAAUUAGUCAAUAAAUUUCUCUGUUUUAAUUUCAUUUCCCUCUGCUGUCAU